CACGAGACCAAGUGACUUAUUGAGAUGGACAUUUUUUGCAGUGAAUGAACGGAGGGGGACUCUAACCAAUGGAGAGAAAGAGAGGGCUUGGCUAUAACCUUAGCCUCCCAUUUUCUCUCUCUCCCUAUCCCCCCUCUCCUCCUCUCCUCCUCCUCUAUGCAGGGCUCUGGCCAGUCAGUCGCCUUUGAUUAUCAGUCUCCAGCAGCCCCUCUCUUGGCUCCUUGACAUGAGCACCAUAUAAGGCGCAGCGAUCUCCAUAGAAACGUGUCAGUUUCAAUAGUAGUGUCAAAGUUCACUAUAUACAGACAUUCGCGCAGAUCCCCCGUUUCGGAAACAUUGCUCUGCUGGUCCUCUCGUUUAAGCGCAUUCAUUUUUGGGUCUCUCCUUCUUCUUGCAUAUUCUAUUAGUUGUUGGUGUUUUUCCUCUUCUUUUUUAAUCUUUUCUCAUCGUAUCUCCAUUCCUCCUGCUGGAGAGAGGUGAAACUAUACAUGGGCACUUCAUUCGGCGACGUGGUUUUCUUUCGCUGCUGGGCGAGAUGAUGAGGUUUAUUUAAGAAUAUAGAUGUAAAAAUCCAGCUCUUCAGUUUUUCCUCCCCUCCUAUACGGCGAAGACGGGAGUGUAAAGGAGCAAGGGGAAGAAAAGAGAAAGGAAUUUAUCUCCGCAGCACUUUGGAUCGCGUCUUUCCAGCUAAAGGUUUUUAUACUCGUUCCUGCGUCCAUGUGAAUCGCUCCUUUUUUUCCUUUGUGGCUAUUUUAUAUCAAACUGCAAUUUGUCACGUUUGGACUCGGGUUUUCCUACAAGAUUAGGGAUUCCUGAAUGGCUGACUGCAAUUUACCUUGGAACUGGCCUCCCGAUACUUGCAUAUCCUGAUCGGGUGCCUAUUCAAUCGCCUUCCUAUUUUGAAUGUAUUGAUCGCAUUGUACUCCCCUUCUUACCCCAUAUGAGAUUGCGUGCUCCGAUUUGACUUUGCACUGUCCCGUCUUUUGAGAUCUCAUUUUUUUUCCUCCUCUACGCUUCAUUCACACCGGCGAUCAUUUCGCUUUAUAGCACUUUCCGGGGCCGAGAUAUGGCAAUGGUAGUUAGCGUCUGGCGAGAUCCGCAGGAAGACGUGGCCGGAGGACCUCCGAGCGGCCCCAACCCAGCAGCGCAGCCGGCGAGGGAGCAGCAGCAGGCGGCGUCGGCGGCGCCGCACACUCCGCAGACCCCCAGCCAGCCGGGACCCCCGUCCACACCGGGGACCGCCGGGGACAAGGGGAGUCAAAAUUCAGGACAGAGUCAGCAGCAUAUUGAAUGUGUCGUUUGCGGAGACAAAUCGAGCGGCAAACACUAUGGUCAGUUCACCUGCGAGGGAUGCAAAAGUUUCUUCAAGAGGAGUGUACGGAGGAACUUAACAUACUCAUGUCGUGCCAAUAGGAACUGUCCCAUUGACCAGCACCACCGAAACCAGUGCCAAUACUGUCGGCUGAAGAAGUGUUUAAAAGUGGGAAUGCGGCGGGAAGCGGUUCAGCGAGGACGAAUGCCUCCAACCCAGCCCAACCCAGGCCAGUACGCGCUGACGAACGGGGACCCUCUGAACGGCCAUUGCUAUCUGUCCGGAUACAUCUCGUUAUUGCUGCGGGCCGAGCCUUACCCGACUUCCCGGUACGGGAGCCAGUGCAUGCAGCCCAACAAUAUCAUGGGCAUCGAGAACAUCUGCGAGUUGGCUGCUCGUUUGCUCUUCAGCGCCGUGGAGUGGGCGAGAAACAUCCCUUUCUUUCCCGACCUGCAGAUCACCGACCAGGUGUCCCUUCUCAGGCUGACGUGGAGCGAGUUGUUUGUGCUUAACGCGGCCCAGUGCUCCAUGCCUCUGCAUGUGGCCCCUCUGCUCGCCGCGGCGGGCCUCCACGCCUCCCCGAUGUCCGCGGACCGCGUCGUGGCUUUCAUGGAUCACAUCCGGAUCUUCCAGGAGCAAGUGGAGAAGCUUAAGACCCUGCACGUAGACUCGGCAGAGUACAGCUGCCUCAAGGCCAUCGUACUUUUUACAUCAGACGCUUGCGGCCUGUCAGACGCAGCUCACAUCGAGAGCUUACAGGAGAAAUCCCAGUGCGCCCUGGAGGAGUACGUGAGGAGCCAGUACCCGAACCAGCCCAGCCGAUUUGGGAAGCUCCUGCUGCGGCUGCCCUCCCUGCGCACCGUCUCUUCCUCGGUAAUCGAGCAGCUGUUCUUCGUCCGCUUGGUAGGUAAAACUCCUAUUGAAACCCUCAUCAGGGAUAUGCUAUUAUCCGGGAGCAGCUUCAACUGGCCUUACAUGUCCAUUCAAUGAUCCUUAAAUGAAAGUGGAAAAAAGAGGGGGGAAAAAGGACCAAAAUUCAACACCCCUCACCAUAUCCUCCUUCAAGAAGACUAUAUAUAGGACCUUUUCUGAGAAACUUGGAAGACAUUACUUUUUUUCUGUCUUCUGGGACUGAGAUGGAAUACAUUAUGUACAGAAAAAUAUUGGAACUGGACUUUACACCUGUGUAAAUCCACCCUCAUCUUCAAGAACAAUACUCUUCAUUUUGUAAAAUACUAGUCUUUAUUUUCCUUUUUUGUAAAAAACAAAAAAAUACAAAUAAAAUGAAAAACAUCAUAUGCGCAGUAAGAAAAAAAGAAUCAAGACUUAGCGGGAAAAUAAUGUUUCCAAGCAAUUAUAAGAAUUGUCCUGUGUCUAUGUACCUCUCUGUUUUGUAUUUUUUCUGGUUCUAAACCAGGCUUUCUGUGAUUCUAUACUAAUAAUUUUUUGAUAUAACCUUUUGCUUCUUAUAAUGAGUGCGAUAUAUGUUGUCGAAGCUAUGUUCUCCAAGAAUUAAAAUUGAAGUGAGAAUUUAAAAACAGAAAAAUAAAGAAAUUUAGACAAAUAAGAAACAGUCUAAUCGCUAUGACAAUAUCACCACUGAUGGUUGAACUUUUUUCCCAAUUGAUACGAUGGACCUGCAACAGCAGCAAACUGACCUCCAGGACAUUUUUACUGAAAGGACGUCUGGGGCGCCUUUCCCCGGGCCAUGAGUGCGUGUGGAGUCGAUCAUCAGUCAAAGAGGAGAGACAUGAAAAUCAAAAGCACUUUUAAUAUAUCAUUUCAAAUACAUUUUGUUUGUUUCGUCUUGAAAAUUUUCAUUGUUUCUUGAAUUUUAUUGGUUGUUGCCUUCAAUUUGCUUACUUCAUGAUGCAGCUUUUUGCAGAAGGGUCGGUUGAUGAAGUUGUGUGAUGGUGACUGUACUAUUAAAAAAAGAAAUAGGCAACGAUGUCUCAUUCUCAAGCAUUUUCCUGGAAGCAAUGUCAAGACACUCAGGCUGAUUUGGAGCCAUCUGAAGGAGUCUGUACACUUCUUGGUUUUACAUGAAAAGCGAAAACGCAGCCUACACUAAAUGAGUCAGUAUUCUUGUGCUUUUCCUCAUAAAAAACAGAAUUUUGGGUGGAAAAAAAGAAA